GCCGUUUGAGUCACACUGUGCGAUAUUGAGUGCCCCUCGAUCCAUCUUUUUGUUGCCCCUCGACCCCGCCAAACAAAACCCUGGACUCAAUUCAACCUCAGCUUGUGACAGACAAUUCGCGACGAGUCAGAGCGUACAUCAUGGCCGCCGUGCACGAACUCGCCGAGCGCGUAAAAGACGAAGGCGCCAAAAUCUACAUUGACACCGACGCCGGCACCGACGACACAGCGAGUGCCGAUGGUUCAGAGCUUAAGCCUUACAAGACGCUCGCUUUCGCCUACAUCCAGGACCUCGACAAGCCGUCACCACCAUCUUAUCUCAUCCGAUCGUCGGUCACCGGACCGCUCACUGCCGAUGAAGACCCCUCUGUGCGUCUGAUCUGGAAGGAGCCAGCAAAGAGCGCUGUCAAAAAGGGCCUGGCUGGCGUUGAGCAGCACAAGAAGAAACUGGCCAAGCAGCAGCAAGCCCAGGCCGCGCAGGAGGAGCAACAGAAGCAGCGAUUGAAGGUCCUCGAAGACGCCAAAAAGAUUGUUCUCAAGGAAGAUGCGUCGCUUCCCAAGGCCGAGAAAAUCACCAUUGCCAACAAGGAUGUUGCGCUCGGAGAAGGCGAGAAGAAGGGUGCACGUGUCAAGGUGUCUGGACGUAUCCACCAGUUGCGAACGCAGAAACAGGUGACAUUCAUCACGCUCACGGACGGCUAUGGUCAACUGCAGUGCCUGCUGCAGGGCGAGCUCACACGGACAUAUGAUGCCAUGACAUUUGCCCUUGGGACCUCGCUGACCUUGUACGGCGAACUGAAGAAGGUUCCCGAGGACAAGAAGGCCCCCGACAGCCGCGAACUGCACGUCGACUACUACGAGGUCAUUGGGUCAUCCCCAUCCGGUGAGGAUGCCAUCACCAACAAGGUGUCGCAUGCCCAGAACCAGUGGGACCAGUCCAUGCUCGACAACAGGCAUCUCGUCCUGCGUGGUGAUCACGCUGCCGCCUUGAUGAAGCUGCGCGCACACACAGAGUGGGCCUUUGUCAAGACGUACCACGACAUGAAGUUUGUCAAGGUCGCCCCUCCCGCCCUCGUGCAGACCCAGGUCGAAGGCGGCGCCACCCUCUUCAACGUGCCCUACUACGACGAGAAGGCCUUCCUCACCCAGUCAUCGCAGCUCUACCUCGAGACCGUACUCCCCAGCUUGGGCAAUGUCUACUGUAUCGAGAAGUCGUUCCGCGCGGAGAAGAGUCUGACCCGCCGUCACUUGUCCGAAUAUACCCACGUGGAGGCCGAGCUCGACUUUAUCGACUUUGCCGAUCUCUUGGAGCAUCUGGAAGAGAUCAUCUGCCGUGUCAUUGACGCCGUGCUGGAGGACACCGAGAUGGCCGCCUUCCUGAAGGAGCUGAACCCGACUUUCCAGAAGCCUCAGCGCCCCUUUCUGCGUAUGAAGUACUCGGACGCCAUCGAAUGGCUCAACAAGCAAGAUCCCCCCAUUCUGAACGAGGAGGGCAACACGCACGUGUUUGGUGAUGACAUUGCCGAGGCGGCUGAGCGUCGCAUGACAGACAUUAUCAACCGCCCCAUCUUCCUGACGCACUUCCCCACCGAGAUCAAGGCUUUCUACAUGAAGAAGGACCCCAGCGACGCCCGCGUCACAGAGAGCGUCGACUGCUUGAUGCCUGGCGUUGGUGAGAUUGUCGGCGGAAGCAUGAGGAUGGAGGGCUACGAAGAGCUCAUGGCAGCGUACGAGAGAGAAGGCAUCCCGGCCAAGGACUAUUACUGGUACACCGACCAGCGCAAGUACGGAACCUCUCCCCACGGUGGCUACGGCCUGGGCCUGGAGCGAUUCCUGGCUUGGCUGGCGAACCAGCACACCGUCCGCACGACGUGCUUGUACCCGCGCUUUAUGGGGCGUUGCAAGCCAUAGAGGAGAGAGGGAACUGAUUGCGAAGAAUAGAGUCUCUGGCUUGAUUACUAGCCAAUAGCUUAGAUAGGCAAAAUCCCAAGCAGAGGACAUUCGCACUAAACCACAGUGACACAGAGCGGGCGAGUGUUGAAACGUCGGCGCGGUCUAGUCAGAACGCUCAUGCCAAAAUGAUUCAUAUAUGAAUAAGAAUUGAUUUAUGCUGAGGCAACUGCAAAUAUUUACU